AUGACAACACCCAUAAAUAUACGGUGCAGAAAAUUAUUCAAAUGCAACUACAAUUACAGAGAAUCCUCUCAGAUACAUCCAGCUGAACUCACAUCUCCUGUCAACAUUGCCUACAGCUGCUGCUCUGGAAACUUCUCCUCCCGCUCCUUUAGACAUUGCAAGCCAUAUUCAGGUUCCUCCUGUGGCUCUUCCUACCCUAGCAACCUGGUCUACAUCACUACCAGUUGCUCUCCCAGCCCCUGCCAGAUGGAAUCCAGUCUGAACACCAGGUGUCAGGAGACCUGCAUUGAGCCCACCAGCUGCCAGAGGUCCUGUGUGGUGUCCAGGCCCUGCCAGGUGGAAUGCUCUGUGAACACCGGCUGUCAGGAGACCUGCAUUGAACCCACCAGCUGCCAGAGAUCCUGCGUGGUGUCCAGGCCCUGCCAGACAGCUUGCUACUACCCGAGGAGCUCCACACCUUGCAGUCCUUGCCAGGGAUCAUAUGCUGGGACUCUGAGCUUUGGAUCCAGCAGCUGCCGUUCCCUGGGCUAUGGAUCUAGAAGCUGCUACUCAGGGGGCUGUGGAUCCAGUGGCUUCAGAUCUCUGAAUUGUGGAGUCUCUGGAUUCCCUUCCUUGAGUUUUGGAUCUAGAUAUUGCUAUCCAAGCUACUUGGUGCCUCUUUCCUGUCAACCUUGUUACAGACCAAUCUGUGGAUCAGGCCUCUAUGGAAUCAGCUGCUAA